AUGUACAACAACAGCCUCGUUGCCCUGUCACCUGAUCAGUUCCAAGGCCUGUCCAAACUGGAAGAACUGUAAGUAAACAUUCGAUAGAAAUCAUACCUGACAGCACAAGUAACUAUUCUUGACCAAAUAUGUAUUUAACCAACUUUAAUUGAUAUUCAUUCGCUCGCCGAAUUGUUCAGCUUUUUUUUUCUACUCUCGGUUGGAGGACACACAACUACAAAAACAAGGAGGGAGUAACUCUCGAAAACACAAGUAUUCAUUAUCAUUUUAGUUUUCCAGAGGGUCAGUAGAGCGAAUAGACCUUUCUUUCCUCCUCCCACCACUUUUGCCCAAAGUUCGCUAAAUUUUUAAGCUAAUGUACUUUGAUUGGAUAAACCUCAGAAACCUUAGCAGAAUUCUGAAAAAGAUGCUUUGUCAUCCAUCCAAGAUAGCAACUGCCACCUCGGAUUUCUCCAGAAAAAGACAUAAAAAGAAGAGAAUUAGAGAUGUAGCAAUUCUCUCCCUCACCCCCGAAAAAAUCAACAGAUCAGUGAGACAAUGCUUUUAUAGAAGUCCAAAUAUUAGCAUGCGCUAAGUUUUGACAUUUUCAGCAAGGUAACCGCAAACUGCAUAUCAGUCUAACUUUCCGGCUGUGAGGUUUUGUUUUGUUUUUUUGUUUUUGACUUUAUUACUAUGUUUUCAAUAUCGGAUAGCUCUUGAAGAUGUCGUAAGGAGAAGGCAUUUAAGAAUCAAUGAAGAUAGGAAGAAAGUUUAUGUAAAUACGUGCUUACCACUAAAUUUUUCUAUAUUUCUGAUAAUAAUGAUGUGCCCUCUAUGUUGUUCUAGGGUUGUUUACGAAAACAACAUUAACUAUCUGCCACGUGAAGUUUUUAAAGGCAUGAAAAACAUAAUGACUAUGUAAGUAACUGUUUCUAAACUAUCCUCUGAUUAACGGUAACGAGGUACUGUAAAAUUAGUAAGGGUCUCGUGAAGAUGCAAUUAUAGCAAUGUAUAGCCAUUAUCUGCGACGAGUUCGGCUCAGGUAAAUCAAAAGGCCUACUAAGUUCCAAACCAAAAACACGGACAAUCUUCUACCCCCGAGGACAGAUCAUACCUUAUGAUCAAAACCAUGUGUGAUGGACGACGAAAUAUUACGAUUGUGAAAGUGAAAACAGACUGACUAAGAGAUCAUAUUAACUAGAAGAAGACAGAACCACCAAAAGGCAAAUCAGACAAAACCUUGAGAGACACCAGGUCUCUUUAACCACCAAAAACAAGAUCCUGCUAAGGUAUCCCCUUCCAGAUUCAAACACUGAGUUUACAAAGACUUCUAGCGUGAAAACCUCUCGAGGGUAAGCAUGACAAUACUCAUGGGGUUACUUAAAUCGGCAUCGGCCACGCGGAUAGAAAUAGAUCUAUCAAUUACGACUUAAAUAGAGAAUGUUUUGUUCAUUCUUGAUAACUUAACUGUCACUUUGAAGAACUUCUCAGUAAAAUGAAAAUUCGUAAAAAUACUUAUGUGACAUUAUUGUAUGACGCACUGCCUACUGUACGGUGAGGUUCUUUUCUCGUUGCAGAACAUUUGAACAAAUGGAAGAUAUUGCCUUCCAUCCUUGACUAAUUUUCUGUCUAGUGUUGUUUUAAUUUACGCUUUAAUGCUUGUCAGUUGACGCUCUACACUUUUCACUGUUUCAUCGUUCUGUAGGAGCUUUUAUUUCAACAAUAUCCGCACCGUUACCAACGAACAAUUCAAAGAUGUCGCCCCAAGUAUUCGAUUCCUGUGAGUAUGAGUAAACUGAUAAUAUUCCAGGUGUGUUCAAACUACUUUGAGUUCAAGGGAGACAGAUAUUGUUGGUGCGACCUUCACGUGCUGUAAACUCACGGAUAGGCACCCCUCCCCCAUUUUAAUGAAUGUACAAGUGAUCAUACCGCUGGCCGAAUUGUUUAAGAAGGGAAAAUGGAGUAAACAAUUUUCACAUACAUACCACCAUUGAUAUACUAAGAGUACCAACUGUGCCGCUAUUAUCGAUCAGCUUUGUACAUUAAUGCACAGUUUAUACUUUUAUUUACGCCCAAAUGUUAUACUCCUUGGGACGAUCAUAUCUGGUCACAAGAAAAAGUUUGGGAAAAACUUAAGGGAGGGCCCCUCCCCGUAAAGUACCCUCUCUGUAAUGAGUGACCCAUCUUUUCAACCUAAAUUUGAAAUGAGUGCAUCAGGUGCUCAUUGGAGGAUUAACAGCAUAUGAAUAUAACAAAUAAAGACACUUCGGCAUAGCCUGUGUAAGUAUGUUUUACAUACUCAAUGACGAGUUAUCCGUCUUCGGUGUUAGUUAUCUUUCAAAUAGUUGUUGAGAAUUGGGCAGAAAAAGGAACAAGAGAGAGCCGAAAAACUGAUUAAUACAUAAUGGUAAUAGGACUGAGUGGAGUCCAAUUCGGUCUGUAAUCAUACGAGUGAUCAACAAAAUCAGACGACGGCGAGGUGGGAGUCCGAUUUGUUAAUCACGACUAUGAUUACACACAGAAUUAGAUAACAAGAAGUCCUGUUACCAAGUAAUCAUAGCCAUUUGAAUUUCCGAAAAAACAAAUUCACCUAAAACAAAUAUCUCCAGUAGAGACGAUGUCUUAAGUUAAAAAUUCCUCCAUUUUGAAAAUUCCCCAGUUUUUCUUUGAAUAAGUGAUUGUUGCUGUAAUUAUUUCAAUCAUUUCUGUGAUUGGUGGAUUAGCUGAGUAGACUUAGUAUGAUUGGCUGCUUCAACUGUUCGAUUACCGGUGUCCGAUUACAGCCAACUGUCCGAUUACACUGUCUUAUUACAACUGUAUGGGAUGAUUAGUGAAAAAUGAAGCCGCGAAUGCUCCAAUAAUAUUCGAAGAAUUAGUAAUGUUUGUGAUUAAUAGGCUAAAGAUGUCGAUGUUAUCAAGAAUUAGCGAGCAAAGUUUGCCUGAAUUACUUUCCUUAAAUUUGCAGGUACUUCCAUUACAACGAAAUGCGAGAACUACCGGAGGGUUUCUUUUCAAACAUGAAGUAUCUAAUAACUGCGUAAGUCAAGUGAAAUGUUCUCCACGCGAGGAGUUUAAAACUGAAAAAUUUCAUUUGCCAGUGCCCAGUUAUACUGCACUGACUAUAUUACUAUUACACUUUCGUUUUCUUGUAAAUUUAGAUCCUGUGACGGAUCAAAUUUGUAUUUUUCCCCUUUUAUUGUUCAUUUCAACUCUUUUUAUGAACAUAGGACUGUAGACACCAACCUGAUGUGUUGCCAUUUGACGAAGGAGGAUGCAGAUUGCGACUUUGCUUAUGUCGACAGCUUCGCCAGUUGUGAAACUUUGUUCAGAAAUCGAGCUCCUAGGGAGUGCCUUUGGGUGGUUGGAAUUAUGUCGUUGGUUGGUGCUGUGUUUGUCAUUGUGUGGCGGUUGGUGUUUAAGGAGAAGAAGAAGAAAAACAAGAUACAGUCCAUCAUGUUGAUACAUUUGGCUGGGGCUGAUGGACUUAUGGGUGUCUACCUCAUAACUAUAGGUGUGGUGGAUGCCAUUUGGGCAGGGGAGUAUUAUUUGCAUGACUAUUACUGGCGUUCAAGUUUGACAUGUCAGAUAACAGGUGCCAUUGCCGUGUUGUCAAGUGAGGUGUCUGUUAUGACGAUUUGUUUGCUCUCCGCCGACCGGAUGAAGAAUAUUCUAUUCCCCUAUCGUGGAAAGUCCCUUACACUUAAGGUUACGCACCUUUUGUGCUUCCUUAUCUGGAUUGUUGGUGUCAUAAUUGCAUUUAUUCCCACGGUGGGCUUCGACUACUUCGGUAGUCGCCAGAAAGGUCAUCACUUUUAUGGCAGAUCAGUUGUAUGUCUGCCAUUGCAGCUUUCCACUGAUAAGCCGUCGGGCUGGGAGUACUCUGUUGCCAUGUUUGUGGGUUUAAACUUUACCCUUGUGCUCUUUGUCGUUUUGGCAUACACGAUGAUAAUCUAUAAGUCCUGCGCAUCAAACAGGCGCAUGGCUCAGCAAGGGACUGAAAAGAGAGGAGAAUGA